AUGAUUAAAUCUGUUCUCAUUUUUAAUAACCAUGGAAAACCUAGACUUACGAAAUUUUAUCAACAGAUAGAUAUCGGUAUACAGCAAGCUUUAGUUCAAGAAAUAUAUUCUCUAGUUUCAAAACGUCCAGAUACAGUAUGUAACUUUCUCGAAGGAAGUCAAAUGCUUGGUGGAAAAGAUACACGAGUAAUUUACCGACAUUAUGCAACAUUAUAUUUUGUAUUUGUCGUCGAUGAAUGUGAAAGUGAAUUAGGAAUUCUGGACUUAAUUCAGGUUUUUGUGGAAAGCUUGGAUAGAUGUUUUGAAAAUGUGUGUGAACUUGAUUUGAUUUUUCAUUUCGAAGAGGUUCAUCAUAUUCUAUCCGAAGUAGUUAUGGGAGGGAUGGUCUUGGAAACAAAUAUAUCAGAAAUAGUUUCAGCAUUUAAUGAAGGAAAUAAACAAAAGAAACGUGGUAGUGCAAUGUCCACAAUUUCAGGAAGUGGAGCUGGUGCUGUUGCUAGAGAUCUAGGAGCUAACCUAGCAAACACAGUUACAAAUACCUUACAAAACACAGUCAGUGCAACAUUCCCUACAUUUAGGAGAAAUUCAGGAUUUAACUCUUGA